GGCGUGUUAGACAAUAACAAUAACCUAACUUUUUUGUUUAUCUAUCAAUCAGACAAGAGUACGAUGACAUUUAAAUAACUAUGACCAGUCAUCAACCUUUAGAUGCGGAUUCCAUAACUCUAAUCAGUUUUUUUUUGGAACACCAGAAAAAAAUACCGAAUGCCACGGGAGAGCUGACUCAACUUUUAACGUCUAUUCAAACUGCAGCAAAAACGAUUAGUAGUGCUGUUCGAAGAGCUGGUAUUAUAAAACUUUUCGGAACAUCAGGCACUACAAAUGUACAGGGCGAAGAAGUUAAAAAAUUGGACGUUUUGGCAAACGAGCUAUUUAUUAAUCUACUUAAGUCGUCCUAUACCGUUUCCAUAAUGGUUUCUGAGGAAAAUGAAACUGUUAUCGAGGUAGAUAAAGAACGACAAGGAAAAUACAUGGUAGCCUUUGAUCCACUUGAUGGCUCAUCUAACAUAGACUGUCUAGUAUCCAUAGGUUCUAUUUUCGCCAUAUUUAAAAAACCUGACAAUAGUGUACCAACAGUAAAAGACGCUUUAAUGUCUGGACGUAACGUGGUAGCAGCAGGUUAUGUGCUCUACGGCAGUGCUACUAUGAUGGUAAUAUCCACAGGAGACGGUGUUCAUGGUUUCAUGCUUGAUCCUACCAUUGGAGAAUUUAUCUUAACGGAGCAUAAUUUGAAGAUUCCAAAACGAGGUAAUAUAUAUUCGAUAAAUGAAGGUUAUACUCACCAAUGGGAUGAAGCUAUCAAAGAAUAUGUUCAGAAUAAGAAGGACCCCAGUAAAGGAAAGACUUAUAAUGCAAGAUAUGUUGGAUCUAUGGUGGCUGAUAUUCACAGGACUAUUAAAUAUGGCGGUAUUUUUCUUUACCCCGCAACUACAGCUUCACCAAAAGGAAAGCUUCGACUUCUGUAUGAAUGUGUGCCAAUGGCUUACAUAGUUUCAAAUGCUGGGGGAUCAGCAAGUAAUGGUAAAAUUCCAAUUUUGGAUAUACAACCCACAAAUAUUCAUGAAAGAACUCCAAUUUUUCUUGGAUCUAUUGAAGAUGUCGAGGAAAUUGUUGAUAUAAUAAAAAAGCAAUGUAAUUGUUCGUAGUUUAGUAGAAUUUAUUUGUUUUUGUUGUAAAAAGUACAUUAGUUCCAUAUACAUACCUGUUUUAUGUUUCAAUUAGUUUGGAUAAUUCUAAUUUUGAACUUGUUAAUACCUUACAUCUUAUAAUAAAGGACCCAUUGCAAAACAGAGAAAUCUUCAUAUACAGAUAACAUCACAAACUAUAGAAAACCGCUAAAACCUUCCAAAAUCUUAAAAGAGAAAGGAUAAAGGCGCGAAAAAGUUAAAACGUUUGUGGCUUAUGGCCUUCUCAUAUCUCUACAUUCAGCGUCCAACAAAAUUUUAAAAUCAUUGCAAAAAAUAUUUAAAUUUCCUAUUCUUUCACGUACAUGUUCUAUUUGUGAUCACUUACAUAUUAAAAUAUAUCGACAAUUUAAAAAAUAUGGAAAUUGAAGUUGUGUGACUGUAUGCCUAUGUCAGAAGGAGGCAUAGAAUGUUUUAAUGAUUAAGGGCCCUAUUCAGUAAUUUAUCGUUUAUGGACGACAUCGUUAAGCUAACGAUAGUUCAACCAACGACUUUUAUAACGAUAAUUUUUGAAACUCUAUUCAAUAACA